AUGCAGAAGAUGUGCGAGCAGCACGGAAGGGCGCUCUUCGUGGGCCCCCUCUGCACCGCUUCAACCAGCUGGAAGAUCCGCAAAGGCAACUGGGAAUACAUCGUGGCGCCAUGCAACAUUGCGAAUGUUCAUUGGACUCUCAUAGUGAUCAAUAUGGAGAUUUCGAAGGCGUACGUGUAUGAUCCGCUUCAGACGGAUACAUUUGUGGACGAAACAGAGGCCAGAGUGACGGAAAUUCUGGUGCCGAAAGUCGACGAAUGGCGUCUUGAAACCUUUGGCUCAGCGACGAAGUGGCCGGACUGGGAAGUCGAAGUCUUGGAAGGUCCCAUUCGAGGAGAUGAAAUCAACUGUGGAGUGCUAGUAACGGCUAUUGCGUGGUGCUGUCUGCACAACAAAAUGGACGGAAUCGCUGCGCACAAAGGCGCUUUGUCGAGCCACACCAAGAAAAUCUUGCGGCUGAGAAUGUUGUGGCACUUGUUGUGUGCACCAGACAUUGAAGAAAUUGUACCUCCACCCGACAAUCGUUCUCGGCACAACGCCGACGUGGACAUCUUUUUGGAGGCGGCUGCGCAAGAAAGAAUCUGA